UUACUCGGUAAACAUGCUUGAGCUUGAGCGUGAACGCGACGCGAGUAUGGUGGUGCUGACGUGUCUUCUUGUUCAUAUCCGUACGUCGCAACAAAAAAGAAUUAAUGACUAGUUUGUCUAUUUUUCCCGACCCCGCCUGGAUCUUCUCUUUCAACAGUCCUUUCUAUCUCCCAGUUGUUAGGGUUUGUUUCUUUGUCUACUUUCCCCUAUCGUUUGAUUCCUUCACUUUCAUCCCUUCAAUUCUCCCUUCAUUACUCCAUUUCAUUACAAAAUUAGCCUCCAAAAAUCUUAUCUUCCUCGCAUUUCAAUUCACAUUCCUUGUUCACAAAAAAAGAACCCUUUUAAUGGCCAAGACCAAACCUGGCAAGAAGGACCUUGAUUCCUACACUAUCAAAGGCACCAACAAAGUUGUCCGUCCUGGUGAUUGUGUGCUGAUGAGACCAUUGGACUCCGAUAAGCCACCGUAUGUGGCUCGUGUGGAGAAGAUUGACUCCGAUCAUCGGAACAAUGUGAAGUUUCGAGUUCGAUGGUACUAUAGGCCAGAGGAAUCAAUUGGAGGGAGAAGACAAUUCCAUGGAGCCAAGGAGCUAUUUUUAUCAGACCAUUAUGAUGUGCAAAGUGCACACACCAUUGAAGGGAAGUGUGUGGUACACACUUUCAAAAACUAUACAAAACUUGAGAACGUUGGUGCCGAAGAUUACUUUUGUAGGUUCGAAUAUAAGGCUGCCACCGGCGGCUUCACUCCCGAUCGGGUGGCAGUGUAUUGCAAGUGUGAGAUGCCAUAUAACCCGGAUGACCUCAUGGUGCAAUGCGAGGGAUGCAAGGAUUGGUUUCAUCCUUCCUGCAUGGAUAUGACCAUUGACGAAGCAAAAAGAUUGGAUCAAUUUUUAUGUUCUGAUUGUACUUCAGAGGUUGAUGCCAAAAGAUCUUUGAAUACAUUCCCAGUAUCGCCAUCUCUUGAGGUGGAACCAAAACGUCGGAGGAGAUAACCCGUUGUGGUAAAUGCGAAAACGAGGAGGUACCAAUUUUCUUGCACACUAGCUUGGAGAUUGUUUUUGUUAGCUUGGUGGAAUUGUACAGUGCAGAGAAGUUGCUGUGCUUGCACCCCUCCCUUAAAAAAGGCUCAUCUUUCAUAAUUUGCCACUUUCUCUCAUGUUUGUAUGUGUGGUUGGACUUGCGAGUGCAGUCUCUGCUAAAUGUUAAUAUAAGCUUCGAACCUUUAACGAUGGCUGCAUGGACUCGAGAAUUGGGGAAAUCUUCUCUGUUCUUUGGUUAAACCGAACUAACUGAAUUAAAAUAAACA